AUGGCUUCCAAGUUCCUGCGGGAAUACAAGCUGGUGGUCGUCGGCGGUGGUGGUGUGGGAAAGAGUUGUUUGACAAUACAGCUCAUCCAGAGCCAUUUCGUGGACGAAUACGAUCCAACAAUUGAGGACUCCUACCGCAAGCAAUGCGUCAUUGACGAUGAGGUCGCCCUGCUCGACGUCCUCGACACUGCCGGUCAAGAGGAAUACUCAGCAAUGCGAGAGCAAUACAUGCGGACGGGCGAGGGUUUCCUGCUCGUAUACAGCAUCACGUCGCGACAAAGCUUCGAAGAGAUGGCCACAUUCCAACAGCAAAUACUGCGCGUCAAGGACAAGGACUACUUUCCCAUCAUUGUCGUAGGCAACAAAUGCGAUCUGGAGAGUGAGCGACAAGUGAGCACAGAAGAGGGAAGGGACCUCGCGAAAUCAUUCGGCUGCAAAUUCAUCGAGACGUCCGCCAAAUCUCGCAUCAACGUCGACAACGCCUUCUAUGACAUCGUGCGAGAGAUCAGGAAAUACAACAAGGAUAUGUCUGGAUACCCUGGCAAUAGCGGCUCAGCAUCGAAAGGUCCUCAUGACAAGAUGGAGAUGGACGGUCACGAAUCCGAGGCAGGCUGUUGUGGUAAGUGCUCCGUGAUGUAA